GGGCAGAGUCAGCACCAGCACCCGUCGCAGCAGCACCAGCACCCGUCGCAGCAGCAGCAGCAGCAGGGCGCGGGAGAGGAGAAAGUCUCCGACACGGAGGGUUUUAAAGCAAAUUUGUCACUUUUGAGACGCCCUGGGGAAAAAACAUAUACUCAGCGCUGUCGUCUAUUUGUUGGGAAUUUGCCUGCUGAUAUCACAGAAGAUGAAUUUAAGAGAUUAUUUUCCAAAUAUGGUGAACCAGGAGAAGUCUUUAUUAACAAGGGGAAAGGCUUUGGCUUUAUUAAACUGGAAUCACGAGCUUUGGCUGAAAUUGCAAAGGCAGAACUAGAUGAUAUCCCUAUGAGAGGAAGGCAGCUUCGUGUGCGUUUUGCCACCCAUGCUGCUGCUCUUUCUGUGCGUAAUCUCUCCCCAUAUGUGUCAAAUGAAUUGCUGGAAGAAGCCUUCUCUCAGUUUGGUCCAAUUGAAAGAGCUAUUGUGAUAGUAGACGAUCGUGGCAGAUCCACAGGAAAAGGCAUUGUAGAAUUUGCAUCUAAGCCUGCAGCACGAAAAGCAUUUGAACGUUGUACUGAAGGUGUCUUUCUUCUGACAACCACUCCUAGGCCAGUUAUUGUGGAGCCACUUGAACAGCUAGAUGAUGAAGAUGGUCUUCCAGAAAAGCUGGCUCAGAAAAAUCCAAUGUAUCAAAAGGAGAGAGAAACUCCUCCACGAUUUGCACAGCCUGGAAGUUUUGAGUAUGAAUAUUCUCAACGGUGGAAAUCCUUGGAUGAAAUGGAGAAACAGCAGAGAGAUCAAGUGGAGAAAAAUAUGAAAGAUGCCAAGGACAAACUGGAAAGCGAGAUGGAGGAUGCUUAUCACGAGCAUCAGGCAAACCUUUUACGUCAAGAUCUCAUGAGGCGACAAGAAGAAUUGAGACGCAUGGAGGAACUUCACAAUCAAGAGAUGCAGAAACGAAAAGAAAUGCAAUUGAGGCAAGAAGAAGAGCGGCGUAGACGGGAAGAAGAGAUGAUGAUCCGUCAACGUGAGAUGGAAGAACAAAUGAGAAGACAGAGGGAAGAAAGCUACACCAGAAUGGGUUACAUGGACCCUAGAGAAAGAGACAUGAGAAUGGGUGGUACCAGUGCAAUGAACAUGGGAGAUCCCUAUGGUACAACUGCUCAGAAAUUCCCACCUUUAGCAGGUGGUACUGGCCUUGGCUAUGAGACCAGUCCUGGAGUCGGACAAACAUCUAUGAGUGGCUCUAUGAUGGGAAGCGAUAUGCGCCCUGAGCGAUUUGGACAGGGAGGUGCGGGGCCUGUAGGUGGCCAGGGCCCUAGAGGAAUGGGGCCUGGAACUCCUGCAGCCUAUGGGAGAGGGAGAGAAGAAUAUGAAGGCCCAAACAAAAAGCCCCGAUUUUAGAUGUGACUUGUAGAUUUUUCAUUCCAGUUUGUUUUAUUUGUCUUGUUUAGACACUACUUUUUUUUUUAAUUCUUGCAUUUUAGUAAGAAAGCUACGUUUUUAUGGAUGUUAGAAACUUAAAAUGACCUAGAAUUUGUAAGUGGUCUGGGCAAAAAAAAAAGUCUAAUUAUGUAAUGCAGUGUUCUAAACUUAGCUUUCUUGAUGUAUAACGUCCCUACCUUGAUGGCAAUGUACCGUGUGCCAUUUGAAUUCCCAAGUGUAAACUUUUUUUACUGUGCUUAAAAUAAAUAGACUAAAUGUAGCAAGAUUCUUUUAUCGUAAACGUCUGAGCAUAGAGGGCAAAUAACCCUUCCAAAAGGCAAUGCAUUUCUUGAAAUGAAAUCUGAAGUGUUGCACAGUACAUAAGGCUUAGAUGCUGCCAUGCCAUAAAGUCUAAAAUAUCAAUAUGCAAUUUCAAAAUCCUAAUUGAACUUCAGUAUUGAAGUAAUAUCACAAUGAAGUCUCACCCUUAGAAUAAGCUUUUAGUGUUCUGUGAAACUUUCAGUAUAAUUAUUCAAGUUUACGUAUGUGGAAUUUUAAUGUCCUUGCAGUAAGGAAGCAAACUGGGUUUUGGUGAAAUAACAGAAUUAAUGAUGUAGUUCAGUUUUGAGUAAGGAGGUGGGAGAUGGGAAUGGGUAAGGGCAGGUAAUCUAAUAGCAUUAGCUGUUGUCUCUCCAAAAGGCCUUUUUAUUCCAGCUGCUGUAAGUCAUAGCAUGACUUGUACAUAUUAUUCCGUGUCUCAUUCUUCUAAUAACGACUCAAAUAUGAGAUCUGGUUGAUCUAUUUCACGUCUAAUUCUUUUGCUAGAGUUAAGCAAUUUAGUGCCCACCGGAUGUUUUAUGUUAACAGAAUCCUUGAUGAUUGAAUAUAUCUAUUGAGGUUUAUGGAAGUUGCAAUCCAAACAUUGGAGGGAAUCAAAUUGUUUCUUGAUUUAACCAGUAUCUUGAUCCCAAAGCUUUGAGCAUUGGUGGGCACUUGUGUAUUAUAUUUAAUAUCAAAACUUCAGCACUUAACUGCAGAAAUGAAAGUAUCCUUUGAAGCUUCAGGAUUAAAGUAGUAUCCUACAGUGCAGUAAUUUGUUGAGAAACACUGGAUUAAAGCCUGACAUGUAGAAAUCUAAAUACAGUACCAUUAAAAAUGGAAAGUUUUUCCUUGGGCUACAUAGUAUCAACUUGUGGUGUUGACUUGGUAGAGUUGAAUCAUAUUUAUUAAAACACUAUAAGAAGUCAAGCUGUCUUGGACUCUAUACCCUGAUGGUACCUAGAAUACUGGGUGCACAGUUUCCUGGUAUAUAAAAGGUACAGUGGCUUGAUAAAAUGAAGAUGAACCAGAUCAGAUCACAGACCAUUCUGUGAUCAAUCCUGUUGGUUUUUCAUUCAAUAAUUUUGGGUGCUUUAAAUCCUUUAAAUAUGGGUGGGGAACCUUUUUUUCCCCCCUAAUGGGAACCAUUUUAUAUCUGUUUAAAACAAGUUACAUUCUCUGGGUGGUGGUGCAUUUACUUUCCCUUUUUGCCCAGAAGGUUGUUGAUGGAGGGGCAGAUAGCUUUUGGCCAGUUGGCACUGAUCGCUUGCAGGUAACCUGUUUUGGCUGUUUUUUCCUCUCUCAGCCACUGAUACUUUCUCUGUGCUACCUCCAGUAGCUUGAGGUUAACCAGAAUGCCACACAUGGUUCCCCAUCCCUACUUUAAAUGUGUUAAAGCUGAGGAAUCCGUUACCUGUAAACUCUGUAUAACUGCAGCAUAUGAAACUUCACUGCCAUCAGUUAUUACGUAUUUUGAUUCUGCCAAUGGAUUUGCUCGAAAGCUUGUGCUGAGCAAGCCUUUUGAAAACCCAAGAAUGGUAAACAGCUGAUACUCAAGGUUGCUGGACUGCCUCUCAUUUAGUGUUGUGGUUGAAUUGAGCUAUAUCCCCAGAAGCUUCAAGAAGUUAACAUCAAAGGGGGAAGAAAAGAACCUACAGUUCUUGCAUUGACUGCUGAUGUAGAGAAGCCCUUGUGAUACAAAUGUGGAAGUUAAUGUGUCCUGGGCUGUGUAGAGCUCAGUUUUGCAUUUCUCAAGGGGGUGUUUUUGGACACCUGCUGUAGGAACUUCCGAGAUUGACAGUGGUGGGGCCUCCGGAAAUGGAAACUAAUUUUCAGUUUAUUUUUCAGAUUACAUGCCAUUUUUCCUUAGGAUGCUGGCACAUAUCCUAAACCAUGUUCUUUUGUAGUACUGUAAUCUUGGAAGAGUGAAGGAAGCUGAUGGUCCCAUUUCCUUCCUAAGGUUCAUCUCUUGUUUUCACUUUGUCUAAAACUAGGCUGAUGUUAAAAAUGGAAGGAAAUAGUGAGGGGCCGCAGUAGAUUCUUGCACUUUACUAGACAAGUACUGUUGUCAAACGUGCUUAUAUAAAAAUCUACACAAUAGUCUGACUUCCAAAGGAUAACAAGCAGGAUGGUCCCUUAGUAGCAAACCAAUUGUGUGGGAGUUUUCACUGAAUUGAAUGUUCCAUCUUUUUAGCUUUUUCUAAAUGGAUUUAAAUAUUUGUUUAGACUUACAGAUGCCUUUUGAGCAGAAGCGUGACUAUUCCACUUCUGCGCGCCAUUAAGCCUUUAGGUCAUGCAUAAGUUAUCCCAAUUCAAGGGUCUACCCAUGUUUAACAAUCAUAGCAUGCUAUAACCACAUCCUUGUUAGUUGUAAUAAAUGAAUUUCUGUUUCUGUGCGUAUUUUGUGGUAUAUUUGUUUUUAAAAAGUUCUUGGCAUCUCCUUGGCAACCACUUGUGGCAGCAUGCUUUUCUCUGGAGUUUGAGACUGCAAUAUGACACUGUUUAAAAGUAGUGGCCUGCUAUGUAACAGCACUUAGACAGCAUUUCCGCAGUGCAUAACUGUGAGGAACGUAGUACCACAAGUGGCAAUGGACAUUAGGACCUGGAUGUAGUAUUCCUGCUUGCUCCAAGAUUCUCAUUGUCGCCUGCAUACAGGUAGGUAAAAAGAACUAUAAUCUAACUUGGUGACUUUCUGUGUAAUCUUGCUAUGGGGGUAUUCUGGCAUCACACUCCUGAUGGUGGGAUUUCAGUGCAGCACUUCUCCUACCGUACGGUGCUUAGUUUUGAGGCCUAACCUGCAAUCAGCAUUAGGCAAGCUGACUGUGAUGCUGACAUCUGUGCCUCAGACCCGUGAUUUCUUCGUGCAUAUGACUUGUUUCUGUCUUCACUGUGUGACAAAGACAUUCUUAGACCUCAGUGGGAGGGGAAAGUAAGUUCAACUUGAAUGCAUAUUUUGCUGCUCAGGGUCUUUCAUUGUGUGCAGGAAUGGCUGCUUUCAGUUCAUACCAGCUACAUGUUAAAAGUUGUAUGAAACCUCUUUCAUGGUCAGGCAGAUAAAUGCAUUGGUAUUUUGCCCUUUAUAAUAACGUUGUUAACUUAACGUCUGUUAAGUUGAGCUGGGGAGUAAAUAGUAUUUUGUAAUUUUAGUGCAAAGUUAUGUAACAUGGGUGGCUGGCUGUGGGAUGAUGGCUGUGAUACUUAAAUGAUACUGAACAAUUGAGAGCUCCCCUUACUAUAAUCCAUGCAUCUUACCAAAAAGUGUAGCUUACUUUGCUUGCUUGUUGAUGAAAAAACACAGUAGGGUUACAUAUCUAACACAUGUUGCCCUCCAGGACUGUUGGCUUGGUUGUGCUAGCUAGGUCUAUAUUACCUGUUGAAAGCAUUUCAUAAGAUUUGGCUCUUGACCAAUUCAUAAGAUACAACAAUGCUCAAUUUAAGACUGAAGUGUAGUUCUGUCAAAUCUCAUGUUUCAGUGUGUUUCAAGAAUAAAGGCUGAUUCACAAACAGGAUUCAGCAGUGAAUCUUAACAGCCGAGUAAUGGACUGGAGUCCCCGGUCUUUUGUACCUGAAUGGUUUGCAAGAGAAGAGUGUUUUUUAAAUCCUUGUCAGUAUAAAUAGUAUAUGUAUUCAGAGGAAAAGGGUGUACUUUAAAUCCUAUGAAAGCAUGUUCAUUGUAUGACUAGUUAUAUUUAAAUCCAGCUGGAUGUUCCAAGUAGUAUAAUAAUUCCAUUAUGAACUCAGUAAAUAAGCAGUAUGUUUGCUGUGUAACUGGGUUGCAAAUAUAUUCAACCAUAGUAGCUGUACUCAGUUUUGACCAAUAUGCCAAUGGUUUAAUUGAAGUGUGGGGAUUAUAUCAGGGUUUCUCUUGACAUAAGUGAAUUUAGUUACCAGGUGAAUUGGACUCCAGUUUCUUGUGUACUUGAUUAACUGCAGUGAUAAACAGAAAUACAUUCAGUAUUCCUUAAAGGCAAUGACUCUUUGUUCAAAACAUCUCUAAGCGUGUAAGUGGCAUAAGAAAUAACAAGUGCUUGCAUUGUAUUCCAUGUUAAGCUUUCAUUCUGGUCUAUGAUUUCCCCCCCAUUACUUGCAAAAACUGACUUCAGAGCUCAGAAGUGUGGUGCCAGAAUACAUUAUGCGUACUUUGCUAGGCUCUCAGUUCCGGUUACUAGUGCUGUGAGGACAGAAGCACUUCCUAACAUUAUUGGGGGGGAGGCUUUGUUACAGUGAGUAUGCAAAGCUUCUAUUGGCUGAAGCUCUCCCCCAAGACUAGGAGACACCUAAGCAACCAGGGGGCUGAAACUCUGCAAAUAACUUCAAGCGGCUGAUCAGGAAGGCCUGUGGUAACUUCUAAAAUUGGAGCCCAACAUGAAGAGAUUGUGCUUUUUUAGGUUUGUUUGGACCAUUGGUUGUUUUCCACCAUCACAGCUAGCAAGGUUGGAAUCAACAGGUCAGUUGCAGAUCUGUCUUUAUGCUACUUGCUGGGCUUAAGCAAAUGCUGCAAGAACGGGGGACUGGGGGAGGAGGAGAAGAGGGAGGCGUCUCCCAUUUUGUUUGUUCCAUUAGCAAGUGUUGUGGAAGCCCAAUGAUGGUGUAUACCAAUCCCCCCUCAGAAAACUUCAGUACUGAACGUUAGUACAAUGAAAUGUGGGAAAGGAUGGCUGCAGACAAACAGCUAGGGAAAAUAAUAUAAUUUGUAUUCCUACAUCCUAAAAUGUGUUCCUUUUGUUUUGCAAAAGUAUUAAAUCAAUAUGUGGUCUUGAGACUGGCACAUUGGCUGGCUUGGAAGUGUUUCUUACAUUUUAAGGGCCAUUAAGAGUUAGUUGCAGGUGGAAAGGCUGACCUUUCACUUUACGCCCUUAAUAAGAACAUUUGAAAAAUGGUUAGGGACAACUGCAGGGGGGAAAUUUGUAGUAGACAGUUUAGCAAGCAAAUUCUUUCUCUGUAUUGUAAAGAUUCAGAAAGCUUUGGAUUGUCCUUCAAUUACCUGAAAGGAUUAUUUGCUUUAUGGGGCGGUAGGGGGGUGCAUGGCAGCAAUUCAAAGAGGCAGUCAAGUAGCUGGACGCAACGGCUUUGCACCUGCACCUAAGGGGCAGCGUACCUCUGGCUGCAACUGUCCUUCUGAUUAGGUAGCAUCUGUUCGAGGGGCAGUUCAGGGUCAAGUCUUUAAGAGUAGUUGCAUUUGUUCACUAUCCUGUGUUUCACUCUUUGAAAUAAAGUAUUCAUCUCCUCCUCGUGCCCCUUGCUACCUCCCAAUUACUAUUAGCAGCUUUUGUAUAAAACCCCUCAAUUUUACCAGUUUAUAAGUGGCACUUAUGUUUAAACUUAAUUUUGUUUUCAGAAAUAUUCCAGUCUAUAUUCCCCUACUAACUUUAAUUCUUAUCCUUUAGGUGAAGAUAAUAUCAGCUGGAUGAAACUAGGACGCUAUCCCAUAUAAGUUGAGCAAUGGCCAGUAUAUGCCAACACAAUUGAAUGAUCUAGAGAGAAGUGUACCUACUCUGCACAAUUUGUAGGAGAAGAAUGGUAGAUUUGAUUGCGGAAAGGAGGAGUCCAGGGAUGCAGUAACAUUUCCUUCAAAUCUUCAAUAAAGUGUUCAGGAACUUAA